GCGCGAGCUAGCUUCAACGAGCGAAAAACAACAGACGGUCGCGGUCAGAGUCAGACUAACCUCUAAAAAGACACCCUGUUUUACACUGUAUAUUCUGUGUUUCAUAUUAUUCCAAUAUGGCAGAAGAUUGGGAUACUGUUACUUACUUAAGACGUAAGGCACCGUCUUCGAAACAAGCGAGAUCAUCAAAAGCUGUCAAUUCUGCUCUGAGACAAGGUCAACAAGUAGAUACAAAUAAAAAAUUUUCAGCUGGGACUAACAAACAGAAGUCUGCAUCUAAAAAUACUGCCAAGUUAGAUCGAGAGACUGAGGAACUUCAUCAUGAGCAUGUGAGUUUGGAUGUAGGCAAGGUUAUGCAGCGAGGCAGGCAAGACAAAAAUCUCACCCAAAAGGAACUGGCCACUAAAAUCAAUGAGAAGCAGCAAGUAAUCAAUGAAUACGAGUCUGGAAAAGCAGUCACCAAUAAUCAGGUUUUGGCAAAGAUAGAAAGAGUUCUUGGUGUAAAGCUAAGAGGCAAGGACAUUGGACAGCCAACGGGGGGCAAGAAGAAAUAAGAAGAGGCUAUGCUUUUGCUCCCCAGUACAUUCUUACAUGGCCUUGUGUGUUUCACACUUGAUGAAGUCCUUCACAGCAAAUAUAUCAUGCUCUUCAGUAAAUGACUAUUAUGGUGACAAAAGAAAAUACGGUUUGACAAGAACCUGCCAAAAAGGAAUUGCGAAACUCAUAUUUCUCUUAUUAUAAUUGUAUUGGUCGUCAUUUUGUAAGUCUCUUCAUCCUUUGCAGUAAUACCUCAUAUGUUAUGAUUAAACGAUAUGGGGAUAUGCAGUACAUCUGAAUUUGGGGGUUGGUUGAAAGAGAAAAUUGCAAACCGCAUCACUUUUGUCACCAUUAGUGACCAGCAUAAGGAGGUGCCACGCUGCAUAUUUUAGUUAUUUUUAUUCAUCUACUGAGAUUAUUACUACCGUCAAUUAUUAUUUGUGUACUGAACAAACCAGAACAUUGUGUUUAAACACUGCAUGGUCUUUAACUGAUAUGGGAUUCAAUUCUCACUUAGAGAUAAGGGUUAGUAUUGGUCAUGCAGAAAGAGACUGGAAGUUAUUUGGAAAAGGUUGAUUGUGUAGUACCUGUAUAUAAUGUGGGUUUUUGGAAUGAUCAACAUGAGAAGAAAUUGAUUCAAUCUUGUUGAAAAAUCACAAGCACUGCACACAGAGAUGUGUUAUAUGGGACUACACAGUUUUCACUCAUAUUGGCAUGGAAGUUUGGUCCAAAUUGUUCAGUUAUUUCUCAUCAUAUUUUGAAUAUGAGGGCUUUGGAAGAGCAACCAUUUUUGCAGGGAUCAUUUCUUCUAUGAUAUUCUUCUGAACUCACAUUCAAAGAAUGAGAGUAUUGUACUCUCAAAUAAUUAUUUUCAUGACUUCAAGAACGCCAGCUUCUUUUUCUUCUUGUUUUUGACCUUGUUGUUGUUUUUCUUAUUUUCGUUUCUCUUCAAAUUCAUGAAACAUUUAGAUUAUAUAGAGGUUUGUUACGGAAUGACAUGAAAGGUUAUUUUUUGUUUAUUCUGUAACCAAGCUAUUUACCUUUCUGUAUUUUAUGAAUCACAUCAUUAACUUGCAGAUAUUUAUUACAAUGUCUGUAAUAUUCUUUAUUAAAUUAAAAAAUGUUCAUUGUUUUUUAUUGACCAGUAGUAGUAUUAGUGGCAGUAGUAGUGUAUUUCAUUUGGCCAAGAAGAUACAUCACAAAUCAGAUAAAAAUGAUGAAGUUCAGAUAAUGCAACCACUCAAACACAAGGUACAGAAAAAGUCAACCAAAUAAUUGCGACAUUAAGCCUUGUGUCUUAAUUCCAGUGAUUGUAAACAUGAAAUACAUGUACAAAAGGUGCAUGUGCUUUAUCUUUAAAACCUCUUUAAAUUCCAUCAAGAAUAUAAUAUAAUUGAAGGGUAGGAUAUAGGAUGUAUUGAUGUAGCACAACUACUAUAUGAAUAUACUUCACUAAAUAUGCUUGAAAUUAAUGCUAAAAUAACAAUAAUCAGUUGGUGCCCUCUUAACUUUGACUUUCCUCCUUAAUAUUCAGUAUCAUUGAACAAAAGUAUUGUAUUUUGCAAUUUCUUUUGACUUUUUUCCUGAUGCAACCUUACCGUACACUUCGAACUUCUCUUUAUUCAGGCUUACUGCACAUACAAAACUGACAAAAUCAAUACAAUAUAAUAUAUUACAACAUUUUACAGGCUUCAAAAUAAUAGAUAAAUAUAAUAAAUAAAAAUACUUUGGAACAAUUUAUUUGCUGGGUUACUUGAAGCUAAAUAAUACAUCAGGAUACUGUCAUAUACCAUAAUCACUCCGAAGCUAUCACCUUAUUUAUUUCAAUAAUGGUAAAAACAGAAAUGUUGGUAUUUAUAACUGAUUAAUGAAAUCAAUGUGAAAAAUGUAUGAAAUGAAUACCGGUAUUACUCCAUGUAUUUCUUCACUUCAUUUAUCGAUGUUCCCUAAAGGGAGGCCUGUGUUUGCUUUUAAUUUGUUUCAGGUUUAUUGUGAUUAAGUAUGUGAGAUUUUGUUCUCAUAAUCACUCUUUGUCUAUCAGUUGGCAUGAUGCUAUGCCCGAAGAGACACACACAUCAAAAUCUGAUAAAGGAAUAUCUAAUGAUUUAUGUUUGUACUUCUUAUUAAUUUUUUCCUUGUUUUAUCAGACAAAUACAAAUAUGGUAAAGAGAAGAAGUGCUUGAAAGAAACAUGGCCUCAUAAAUAAUGAAGACAUUUUGAAGUUGAAUUGUAAACCUAGAAGUAAUGGGCUUAUUCAAUAAAUGUUGCUAAACUAAUACUGUAAA